AAAGAGACGGUACUCCACCGGACCACCAAACCCUAAAAAAUUUCCCCUCUUUCGUUCCCUCUCCUUCUUCCCCUCCCUCUCUCUCUCUCUGCAACCCUAGCGAAAACCACCCUCGAAAUACCAAAGCUUCCAGCAGCGAAAGGUAGAAGAAGAAGAAGAAAAACCCUAGAUCUGGCCAUCAUCAAAACCCUAGAUUCUUCCAUUUCCGAGAGUUGUCAUGACGGGUUGACGGUUUUGUUCAAGACGAUGGCACCUUCGUGAAACCAAAGAUGUUGUCUGCUUCUUCUUGUUGAUUCCUAGAUAGUUGUGGCAAUGGUACAACCAUCUCAUGGAAAUCUAAGUGGCAUCAGAUCACGGGAUUUGUGACCUCUGAUAUCAGCUAUUCUCGGACAUAACUCGAUUUAGUUAAGUUAUAGAAGCUUGUGUGGGACGUGAUAGCAUCAUGGAAACUAGGUCAAAACUAAGAGCAUUGAGAGAAGGGCGGACGGGUACUCAAGAUGGGAGCGCAGAACGUACUCCUGCACCACGUCCUAGUAAGACUGAAGUUGUGCCAGUGGUUGUCGUGCCUCUUAUAGGCGAGGAUGGAACAGUUCUAGAACCGUACGUGGGUAUGGAAUUUGAUUCCGAGGAGGAUGCACGGAAAUAUUACAAUGAUUAUGCCAUGCGUACUGGUUUCGGCAGCCGUGUUAGUAGGAACCGCCGUUCAAGGAGAGAUGGAGAGAUCAUUGCUCGGGACUUCGUGUGUUUCAAAGAGGGUUUCCGUAUAAAGAGACAUGGAGAUAAUGGAAACAAAGCAAAGCGGAAUCGUAUUAACACUCGGGAAGGUUGCCUGGCGAUGAUAUCAGUGAAGAAAACAAGUAACGGGAAAUGGGUUGUGUCGAAAUUUAUAAAAGAGCACAAUCAUGCGCUACUUAGUCCAAGUGAAGCAAGUUGCCUUCGAUCACACAGGAGUGUAUCCGGUGCCCCAAAAAAGCUGGAUGUUGAACCUCUCUCUGAUAAGGAUCGUGAAUUGAUUGAGAAGUUUGAAGGAGCUGAAAAUUUAGAACCGUAUGAGGGUAUGGAGCUUGAGUCUGAGGAAGCUGCGAGGAUAUAUUACAGUGUGUAUGCAAGGCGUGUUGGUUUCCGCAGCCGUAUCAGUAAGAAUCGCCGUUCAAGGAAAGAUGGAAAAAUUAUUGCUCGGACGUUUGUGUGUUACAAAGAGGGCUUCCGUAUCAACAGGAAUGAUAAUAAUAAUAAUAAUAAUACUAAUAAUAAUAAUAAUAAAAGGGAUGAUGGUUCUUAUCGACCGCGAGCAGUUACAAGGGAGGGCUGUGAGGCAACAUUUACGGUAAAGAAAUCAACUAAUGGGAGAUGGGUUGUUUCAAAAUUUGUAAAAGAGCAUAACCAUCCACUACUCGAUCCAGGUAAAGUGCGUUGGCUUCGAUCUCAUGCCAGUGUAUCUUAUGCUCCAAGAAGAUCAGUUGAUUCUGAUGGGAAAAGAAUAGCUGGGAGUGAAAUGAAGUCCUUGGCAAAAUCUGGCUUAAGUAGCAAUGCUGGCCUCACUGACCUAGAUAGUUUCAACCGUAGUCAAGCUAUUCGAAAGAGAAAAAAGAUCCCUGGUAAAGACCCGCAGAAUGUCCUAGACUAUUUAGAACACAUGCAAUCCGAGAAUCCUGCCUUCUAUUAUGCAGUAAAAAUUGAUGAAGAGGAGAAUUUGCGCUGUAUCUUUUGGGCUGAUGCAAGGGCAAGGAUGGCUUACAAUUACUUUGGUGAUGUGGUUCGUUUUGACACAACAUAUAAAUCCAGUCGAUACGAAGUUCCAUUUGCACCAUUCACAGGAGUCAACCAUCACCAACAGUCAACGUUCUUUGGGUGUGCUCUACUAUACGAUGAAACUGAAUCGACAUUUGUUUGGUUAUUUAAUACAUGGGUUGAAGCAAUGUCUGGACGUCAUCCGAUCACGAUAAUUACUGACCAAGAUGCAACUGUAGAAGGAGCAGUCACUCAGGUGUUCCCGAAAAGUCGGCACUGCUUUUGCAAGUGGCGCAUCUUACAGAAAGCCCCAAAGCAGUUGUCUCAAGUAAAUCGUGCAAAUCCUGCCUUCCUUGGGGAAUUCCAGAAAUGCAUCAACCUAUCAGCUUCAGUUAAUGAGUUCGAAUCAUCCUGGAAAUCACUGAUGGAUAGAUACGGAAUUAAAAAGAACGAGUGGCUUCAGUCUUUAUACACUGCUCGUCAAAAAUGGGCCCCAGUAUUCUUACAUGAUACAUUCAGUGCACAAUUAUCUCCAAUCCAAGAUAAUGAAUGUGUAAGCCCAUAUUUUGAUGGCUACGUGACUGCGAAAACUACCAUUGAGGAGUUCAUUAUGCAAUAUGAAAGAGCCCUUGCCAGUCGGUAUGAAAAGGAACUUGAGGAAGAUAUUCGAACAACGCACACCAAGCCUAACUUGAAGACGAGAUUGCCAAUUGAAAAGCAAGCAGCAAACGCUUACACAAGGGUAGUGUUCUUGAGAUUUCAAGAGGAAAUAUAUGAAAGCCUUGGUUAUGUUGCAAAUAAAGUUGAGGAUGGGGCAGUCAGCACUUAUGCGGUAUCCCCAUUUGAGGAUCAAAGGAGGGCAUGGACUGUUACUCUUAACAUGUCAGAGAGGAAAACAAGUUGCAGUUGCCUGAUGUUCGAGUCUUGUGGCAUUCUUUGCAGGCACGCAUUAAUAGUCCUGACAGUAUCAAAUUUUAUGACGCUCCCAUCUCAUUACAUCUUAGAGCGUUGGACAAGAAACGCCAAGAAUGUGGUUGGAUUGGAUAAACGAGGAAUUGCAACCCAAGCUAAUUGUCGGAAAUCUCCUUCCCUUCGGCACAGCUUUCUGUGCAAGCAGGCCAUUAGAUGUGCUGAGGUAGGUUCAACCUCUGUACAGGACUAUGAUGUGGCAAUGCGCGCUCUUCGAGAGGCUUGGGAAAAAAUUCUUGUUUCAAAAGAUAAGGAUGCUGGGAUCGCACAACUCGAAGGUUCGGUUGGUGGUCAGCGAGACAAUAACCACCUGCUGAAUGAUGCAAAUAACAUGAAUUCCAUGAGUUUGUUUGGCUCUCAACAGCCGAAGAAAAGAGGCCGGCCUAGGAAGUCCGGUUCGAAAACUGAUGGUGACAAGGUUGCAAAGAACAUGAGGAAAUGUACACUCUGCAAGGAGCCUGGCCACGAUAGCUCCAAUUGCCCAAGAUUGAGGCCCCUAGGGAACAGUUACAGCGCUGGUGGUGGCAUGCUUGUAGUGGAUGCAGGACCAAGUGAUUUGCAUGGCCGUGGCGGGAUGGUUGCAGAUCAACUUGGCCGUGGCGGGCUAGGUGGAGACCAACUUGGCCGUGGCGGGCUAGGUGGAGACCAACUUGGCCGCGGCGGGCUAGGUGGAGAUCAACUUGGCCGCGGGCUAGGUGAUCAUCUUGCCCGUGGCGGGCUAGGUGGAGAUCAUCUUGGCCGUGGUGGGCUAGGUGGAGAUCAACUCGGCCGUGGCGGGAUUAGUGGAGAUCAACUUGGCCGUGGCGGGAUUAGUGGAGAUCAACUUGGAUUUUCUGAAGGAAUUCUGGAUCUUUCACUGGGUGAUCGCUUUGACUCGCACGGCCCUUCUAGCAUCCAUAAUUUCGCACCUAGCAGCUUUUUUCAGAUUGCUUCUCUUGCAAACCCAAGGCUUCUCAAUGCAAAUGAGGAAUUCACGCUGACUGGGGGGCGGCCUUCAUUUGGACCCUGAACAAUCCUGAUGUGUUUUUAAUGACUGUUUUAUCUUACUUUGGCUUGUUCUAUCAUGGCCUCCUUAGGAUUUCUCCUGUUAUGGAUGUGUAAGAACUGGUACAAAAACAUCGAAAAAGAAAAAUCUUUAGGUGCUUUUUUAAUCAUGUUAACUCUGUGGAUCUUGCUUGUAGUUUUAGUUAUAUAUAAAUGUGUAUUUACUUACUAUUCA